AUGUGGUGUCUGGAGAGGCUACUGCGCAGCAGGGAGGGGCUUCUCCUGAGUAGGGCCCGGCGUGCCAGGACCCGCUCGCCCACCGCUUGUGCCAACGUGCUCACUCCCGACCGUAUCCCGGAGUUCUGCAUCCCACCAAGACUUGCGCCCAACCUGGCCUUGGCUACACUCCGGAAUUCUUGGGGUGAAGAUACAGCGAUUGACGAGGGCGCUGGCCUCACGGACUGGGACCCGCGCUCACAGGCCGCGCUCUCGCUGCCUCACUUGCCCCGCGCGCUCACUGCCUACGGCUUCUGCACGCUACUGGAGAGCCCGCACACGCGCCGCAAGGAGUCGCUCUUUCUCGGGGAUCUCCGAGCCGCGGAGCUCCAGCGGCAGCCCGCCGCCCAGCCAGUGCCCCGACCCAGGGCGCACACCUACAGCCGCGACGAAGGAAGAGACGUCCCCGGCUUGUUCCUGCGAGCCCAGGACGCAGGUCCCGCCGCGGCACCUGUCUGUCCUUGUCCGCCCCGGGACGCUAUCUGCCCGAGGCCCUGUGGUCGCCGCCUCCUGCAAGCACCCAACAUGCUGCUGAGCCGUGCGUUAAAGGCUCGGAGGAGUCGCGGCUUGGCUCGCGCCCGCUCAGUCUCCAACCUGAACGAAGACGAGGAGGGCGGCGCCACCUCUCAGUCCACAGCUCUGGCCCCCGUGUGCCAGUCGCCUGCUCCGGGCCCACGGCCCAAGCUCCUAGAGGCCGAGGGCAAUGUGGCUCUGGACUGCGCUGGCUGCGUCCUGCGCCUGGCAGCCGAGUACUGCCUGGAUAGUGGGCGCCUCCGCAUCAGGCUGCUGCGUGCCGAGGGCCUGGCGGGAGGUACCCCCGAGCCACGUGCGGUUGGUUGCCGCAUCAGCCUAAUCCUGCAGCCGCUGGGCGCCACGCUCAAGCAGAGCAGCUCGGUGCUGCGACGGAGCCGCAAGUUCUCCAUAGACCAGGACUUCUGCUUUGAAGGGCUCACGGAAGACCAGGUGCGCCGCCUGACAGUGCGCGUUAAAGCGGAGAACAAGGGCCGUGGCCUGCAGCGGAGCCGCUUGCUUGGCCAGGGCGAGCUGCUGCUGGGCUCCCUCCUGCUCUUCUGAGCCCCUUCCUCGUGCGAGUUUGUUAU